GAGAGAGAGAGAGAGAGAGAGAGAGAGAGAGAGAGUGUGAGUGUGUCAAGGUAGCAAGUCUGGUGAACAGGUCAGAGUUCCACAUCCGCAGGCAGACCAGCAGAAACUGGAUCAGCAGCACGACAUUGUUGGUUGUCUGGUGGAGCUGAUACUGAUAAUACUGUACUGAUAAUGAUAGGAUCGAAAGAAGGGGAGCGUUGCUUUAUUGAACAUAAAACAUAUUUCAAUAUUUACAACUUUGAAUUGUAGUGAACUUUGUUCUGAAGUUAUAGUGGUCAAUGGGAGAUGGAUAAACUAUGUGAUUCCAUGUUAAGGGGAGAUCUUCUGUGUUCAAAGUGAAGCAGGAGGGCAAAAAAGGCUUCUAACAAUUCAAAACAAUAUUAAACAAACACAAAAUUCCCUGUGUGUGUUUGUUUCUGUGAGUAAGUGUGUGUAAGAGCAGUCUGCCUCAUGUUGAAUGCUGUUUUAUAACAUUUAAAAGCUGUAGCUAAAGUACAGCUAACGUAGCUAUGUAACUCAAUGAUAUUUUAGCAGCCUUAACACCUAGUGACCUCAUCAAGUAGCAGCAGGGUUGUGUUGUGGUGAUUAUUUAGAGAAAGAGAAGAGGAGAGACAGAGGAGAGAGAGACAGAGACAGAGAGAGAGCGAGAGGGAGGGAGACAGAGAGAGACACAGAGAUAGAGACAGAGGGAGAGAGAUAGACAACAUGAAUAGUACCAUCAAUAUUACCAGCAAUAAUAUAUUCAAUCACACCAGUGUGUAAUGCAUUAUGAAAACAUUUAAACAUGUAUACAGUCAGUUAAGAGAAUAAAUAAUUAUAAUUUACAACUUUAUAACAGUCCUACUGUAGGUAUUAAAAACAGUCGUAGUAUUAAUAUCGUCUGUCUUAUUUCCUCAUUCAGAUGAGCUUUCUGUGAUUUGCCAACGUGAACUCAAAUCUAAUCUAAAGAAGAAGUUUCAAUGUGUAUUUGAGGGGAUUGCUAAACAAGGAAACCCAACACUUCUCAAUAAGAUCUACACAGAGCUCUACAUCACAGAGGGUGGACCAGGAGAGGUCAAUAAUGAACAUGAGCUGAGACAGAUUGAGACAACAACCAGGAAACAAGCAAGACCAGAGACUCCAAUCAAAUGUAACGACAUCUUCAAAACCUUAACUGGACAAGACAAACUUAUCAGAACUGUGCUGACAAAGGGAGUCGCUGGCAUUGGAAAAACAGUCUCUGUGCAGAAGUUCAUUCUGGACUGGCCUGAAGGAAAAGCAAAUCAGGAUGUCCAAUUUGUAUUUUCAUUCCCUUUCCGGGAGCUGAAUUUGAUGAAAAGUGAAAAACACACUUUGGUUGAACUUCUCAAUCACUUCUCAAUUGAAACCAAACAAUCAAGAAUCUCCAACUUCGACAAGUACAAAGUUCUGUUCAUCUUUGAUGGUCUGGAUGAGUGCCGACUGCCCCUAGACUUCCAGAAGAACAAGAUCUGUUGGGACGUCACAGAGUCAACCUCAGUGGAUGUUCUGCUGACAAAUCUCAUCAAGGGAAAUCUGCUUCCCUCUGCUCUCCUCUGGAUAACUACCCGACCUGCAGCAUCCAAUAAGAUCCCUUCAGGGUGUGUUGACCAGGUGACAGAGGUACGAGGGUUCAAUGACCCACAGAAGGAGGAGUACUUCAGGAAGAGAUUCAGUGAUGAGGACCUGGCCAGCAGAAUCAUCUCACACAUAAAGACAUCAAGGAGCCUCCACAUCAUGUGCCACAUUCCAGUCUUCUGUUGGAUUUCUGCAACAGUCCUUGAACACAUGCUGAAACAUAAGAGAGAAGCGAUGCCCAAGAUUCUGACUGAAAUGUACACACACCUUGUGGUGUUUCAUCCCAAACAGAAGAAUGAAAAGUAUCUUGGGAAAGAAGAGACAGGUCCACACUGGAAUAAAGAGAGCAUUCUGUCACUGGGAAAACUGGCUUUUCAACAGCUUGUGAAUGGCAAUCUGAUUUUCUAUGAAGAAGACCUGAAAGAGGCUGGCAUUGAUGUCAAUGAAGCCUCAGUGUACUCAGGAUUGUGCACACAGCUAUUUAAAGAGGAAUGUGGUCUGUACCAGGACAAGGUGUACUGCUUUGUUCAUCUGAGUAUUCAGGAGUUUCUGGCUGCUGUAUAUGUGUUCCUCUCAUUCAUCAACAACAAUGAGAAUCUAAUGGACAAACUGCACACAAAAGACGAGCCUGAAGUUACUUUCUACAAGAGUGCUGUGGAUAAAGCCUUACGAAGUGAGACGGGAAACCUGACCCUUUUCCUCCGAUUCCUUCUGGGCCUCUCACUGGAGUCCAAUCAGAAGCACUUACGAGGUCUACUGACAAAGACAAGAAGCAGCUCGUAGAGCCAUGAAAAAACAGUCAAGUACAUCAAGGAGAAGAUCAGGGAGAAUCCCUCUUCAGAGAGGAGCAUCAAUCUGUUCCACUCUCUGAAUGAACUGAAUGACCAUUCUCUAGUGGAGGAGAUCCAAAGCUUUCUGAGAUCAGGAAGUCUCUCUAGAGCCAACCUGUCACCUGCACAGUUGUCAGCUCUGGUCUUUGUGUUGCUGACUUCAGAAAAGGAGCUGGAUGUGUUUGAUCUCAUGAAAUACUCCAGAUCAGAGAAAGGUCUUCUGAGGCUUCUGCCAGUGGUCAAAGUAUCCAGAGCUGUUCAUUGAGUACAUCAAAUUACAUAUAAGAACUAAUCAUUAGGAAGGAAUAUUGACUUUAGAGAAAAAUAAGUAUUAUAAUAUGUAUAUUAUAUAAAAAUAUAUUGAAUCAUUGCGUUGAUUUUCAUAUUAGUAUAACAUUAUGACCAUACAAUUCUAGGAGACAGAAGAUUAAUCUAUAUGUUGUUUGAGAGAAUAAACCAAAUGCAUCUGCCAUUGUGUUUGUGAAAUCGUGGUGAUCUCUUUGUCAGGCUGUCAGGCUGUGGAGUCGCAGAGGAAGGCUGUGCUUCUCUGGUCUCAGCUCUGAAGUCAAACCCCUCACACCUGAGAGAGCUGGACCUGAGCUAUAAUCACCCAGGAGACUCAGGAGUCAGACUGCUCUCUGCUGGACUGGAGGAUCCACACUGCAGACUGGAGAAACUCAAUGUGGAACAUGGUAGAGAGAACACAAUGAAACCUGGGCUUAGAAAAUGUG